AUGUCUAUUCGGGCUUUCCUCUCUACGCGAACAUUCCCUCUCCCCAAGACCCUGUCCUCUACCCUCCCGCGGCUCAUUUCCACAACCACCGCCACCACUCCUCCGCGCCCUCCUCCGCGCCUUCCCCGCUACAUCCCCUCCCAACUCGACUCCGUCGAAAACCCAGAAUGCUAUCACCCCUGCGGUCUACCUCCCCUCUCCAUCCACGAUGCAUUGCACAACGGGCCGCAUAGGUAUAAAAUACUGCAUAAACUCGGUUUCGGCGGAUCCUCUACUGUUUGGCUAGCGAGGGAUUCAGAAGGAGGGAGGUUGGUUACAAUCAAAGCGAUGAGGGCUGACGUACUCGCUGGGCCGAAGACGAUCGACGACCUCCCCGACGUCCGCAUCCCUAACCUCCUCCACGCCACUUCUGUCUCGAAACACCUCCUCACCCCCCUCUCCGCCUUCACCCACCUCACCCCCAACGGCCUGCACCCCUUCCUCGUCUUUCCCUUCUUCGGACCGAGCGUGCAGGCUAUGUAUGAUACCCCUGGCCGGGUGCGCGGGAGUAGACGAUUGAGGGGGGAGGUGGCGAGGAGGGUGAGUAGGGAGGUUGGGGGGGCGGUUGGGGGGAUGCAUAGAGUGGGGGUUGUACAUGGGGAUAUCACGACAUCCAACAUCCUCUUUCGCCUCUCCACUCAAAUCAAAUCCUGGUCCGACACCUACAUCAACGCCUACUUCGGACCCCCCGAAACCGAACCCGUUCGCCUUCGCCGUCCUGACGAACCCCUCGGACCCCACGUGCCACCCGAACUCGUAGCUCCCAUCCCAGACUCUCUUAUGCGCGAUCUCAUGUAUGUACAAGAAAGCGUUGUGCUGUCCGAUUUCGGGCAGUCCUACGUAGGCGUGCCUCCGAAAGACUAUCAACCCGGCACAUCACUAAACUACCUCGCACCCGAAACGUAUUUCGACGGUCGAACAGGGCUCGGAACAGACAUCUGGGCCCUCGGAUGCGCGAUUUUUGAGAGUAGAGCGGGGUUUCCGUUAUUCGAGGCGUUUUUGGGAGGUACGGGGGAUGUGGCGCGCGAGUGGGUUGAGGUGUUUGGUGAGAUGCCUGAACCGUGGUGGGAUGCGCUCGAAGAGAGGAGAGGUUGGGAUGGGGUGGAGGUGGUGCCGGGUACGAGUUCGAUUCGAGAGAGGUUGAGGGAGAUCGGGACGAUGGAUGAGUCGGAUGGGUAUGAGGGGAGGAUGAUGGAGGUGCCGGGGACGAGGUUGGAAGAGGACGAGGUGGAGUUGUUGGGAGAUUUGUUGGAGGGGAUGGUUAGGUAUCGGCCGGAGGAGCGAUUGGAGAUUAGGGAGGUGUUGGAGCACCCGUGGUUUGAAUUUGGGAUGUGA